AUGCCAACAUAUGACCCUCCAGACACAUUCCAGCUCAUCUCUGAUUCCCCUCUACUCCAGAAAGAGAUACCUAAGCAGCCAACCUUCGACCUUCUAGAUCGCUUAGGCAAACCUCAGCCUGCAGACCUUAAUUCAGCUGAAGUCAUGGCACCAUUUUCUAGCCCCUCGGCUGGAAUACUCAUGGCUUAUGGCGAGGCUGGCACUGGCCAGAAGUCUGAAAGUGAUCUAAAGUGGUUGGGCUCAGUACUCAUUCAGCACCCACUGUUCAAGCCAGAAGAGCUUUCUGGCUUUGAUCCAGCUGCAGAGAAAUGUCAUCUUGACAGGUUUUUACAGACAAAAGACAAUGCCUUUCGCAAGGAGCAUGGCUGGUACAAGUCUUCUCUCGAGAUUCUCCUUCCAUUUAAAGGCCAUGCACGUGUUGGAGGCAAGGAUAAUGCUCCCAAGCUGACGGUGGACUUUUUUCAUUGA